AGCACAAGAAAAGACCUGUGUUUCGGAGACUAUUUGUAUUAAGAGGGAUAACUGAUUACCGGAGUGAACUAAGCUUAAAACACUGUGUAUCGAGCGGCCCAUCACUAUCUACAACUGCGGGGAUUUAUGGUGCUGUGGCUCUGCAAGUGGAUAGUAUUUAAGAUGAGGGGUUGUAGCAGUGUUGGGAAGCUUUCGAAGAUUAUCACCAUUGCCUGGAUAUUCUUGCUCCCCCAAAGUGUUCACAGUAGAUUUCAGAUGUCUGCUCGAGAUCAAAAUGUGGUAACAUCUCUAAAAAAAGAUGUUCUUCUGCCCUGCACCUUCCGGACUCCAGGAGAUUUUUUGUAUACUGAAUUUAUAAUUGUAACUUGGACACAUAAUAGCAAAGAAAUAGCAAGGUACAAAGCUGGAGAUGUUCUGAACACAAGCAAGGCUGUUUUAUUUGAAAGUGAGCUGCAGAGAGGAAACGCUUCCCUUCUCCUGAAGAAUUUUCAAGUUGGAGAUAAAGGAGAAUAUGUGUGUCACAUUUUUGAUCCACCAGAAGAAGACCACAUUACUAUCAAGAUUAACGGUAUGGAGUUUCCAAAGGUGGUCAUUGUUCCUGACAUUUUGGUCAGAGGCAAAAAGCAGGUAAUUUCCUGCAUAGCAGAUGGACAUUACCCAGAUGAAAUCAGCAUUACUUGGAAAAAGAAUGGGGUGCCUCUCAGAAAAACUGAAAUGAAAGAUGAUGGUACAUUCAUAACAACAGAAUCCCUCAUUCUGAACCCUGUAGACGAGAAUGAUGAGUUCACAUGUGAAGUUAAACUGAAAGGAUUGAAUGAAGCAAUUAACACAACCAAGAAGUUUAAACUUACAGGUAACUCCCUCAGCUUGGCUGGAAUUGGAAACAUAAUUUUAUCAAUUAUACUGAUACUGAUCCUGAUACUGAUAUCUUUGUACAUUUGGUAUCACAGAGGAAAAAAGCUUCGUAAGAAAGCUAAACGUGAAAAGAGCAAACAGACUGAGGAAAAUGGAGAAAUCCAGACACUGAAUGGUGUUUGAUGUAACGUGAUGCAGCUCUGAUGUUCUACUCCUGGAUACCUUACUUGAUGAAAACUCCUGCCUCGCUGGACCUCCAUACACCUCAGAGCUCUUAGUGUAACCUGUGACAUUCUGAAGUGACAGUUUGAUUCUUCACCGGUCUGUGAAUGUGCCACACUUUUAGUGUUCUGCUUGCCAUUAUUGUUGUGGAUAAUAAUGAAAUAAGGAUCCUGUACUGUAUGUUCAGUGUUCUGUGAUGACUACUUGGCAACUUAAAAUUUCAUUCAUAACAAAAAAAAAAAUUUCUUAUUAUAAUAUCAACAUUUCCUUGCUCUGUUUUUAAAAAGAAGAGAUUGUAUUUUGUUUUCUAUUUGUUAGUGUUAGAGAUUGAAAAUAAACCAAAACUGAACAAAGAUUCUCUUUAACAGAUAAGUUCAGUAUUUUUCAAGUUAUUUUUCACAAUCAUGGUGUAUAUUAAUAUGCCACAUAAAACUGUCUUCUAACGUUUUGUUCAGAAACAAGAAGUAAAGUAAUAAGGAGAAUAUAACUUGGUGAAUUAGGGGGCCGAGGUUUGUCAUAAUUCUACCCACGACGACGGCUGUGAGCAGACAAGUGAAAAGGAAAUGUAUUCUUACCUGAAGAAAAAUAGGACCAAGAAUCUGUGAUAAAAUAAUCAUUUCUAACUUCUUUUGGUUUUCACAAGAAUGCCUCAUAAACACCAAAGGCAUAUUUUCUUAAAUUGAUAUGUUUGCUGCUUCAAAGUAGACGUAUUUAGUACAUUUUAAGGUUUUUUCAUUCAUCUGUGGACUUGUGUACCCUCCAGCCGCAUUGUGAGCUUCAAGAACAGGCAACGUAUUUUUAAAACUUACAUAUUAAAAAGAAACCACUUCACUUUAGAACACAAUUUUAUGUGGCAAAUUAAUACGUACCAUGAUUGUGAAAUGACUUCAAUGUGAAAAAUACCAAACUUAUGUUUUAAUUCAAAUAUUGCUGCCUCUUUAUCUCAAACAUCAAAAGCUAUUAACUAUCUCCUCACAUAACAUUUGUAAAUAUAUUUUUCUUUAUCUCAGUGUACAUACUGUAUAAGAGCCAUUCACUUAGUAUAUCUUAUGCCUUUGCAGUAUUUUUUAAAUUUUCUGAUCAUAUCAGCAUCUCAAACACUGGUUUGCUAUAUUAGAAAAUGUAUGUUUUUCUAAACUGAAAUUUUAGAUAAAUCCAUUCUGUCCAAUAUUCUUAAAACUUGUUUAAAAGAAUUAACAGAACUUUACUUAACCAAAAGUUAAUGUAAAGUAUAAUAAUCAAUUGAAGGCUAAUAAUACUCUUAAUUUGUAUGAAUACUGUAUAUAAGUUGUGUAUAGCUAAUUAGACUCUUUAUAUGUUCGUCUUUGCACAAAACACUUUUGCACUAACUAUGUGACCUCAAUUUAUACUACUGUGUGGAAGUCCAUUAUCUGGUCCACACAGUCCUUAGUGGAAUUCCUCUGCUUCUUCUUCUUCUUUUUUUUUUUUUUAAUUUUUAUUCAUUGUAUAAUAAUCCAGUUGGAAGAGUGGUCCUAUUGUUCAAUUAUAUUUGUAAAAGUCAAACCGUUUCAAGUAUUGUGUAGCAGAUAAAGCCACAAAGCUACAUCAGUGUACUGUUACAGUAUAGGAGGUGUAUUUUUCCUACAAUUCAGGGCAUUUUUCAAAAUUUCUAAGCAUAUUUUUUAUAAAAGUAUAGCUAACGAAAUAAUCUGCUAGAAAGAUGAGUGUAAUUUUAAUUAGGGUACCAUUCAGUUUAAUGAACUUAAAAAUAUGUUUUCUUGAUAAUUCAUAUUAAAAUCAUGUAAAUUAAAGUAUUUUAUCAUAUACACAAACUCCUUCUAUAACACCCCCUUCUAUUCAUUCAAACAAAAACAAAAAAAAACAAAUUAAAAUAAAUGCUGGAAACACUUCAGAUCAUGUACUACCUCUAUUAGUCACUAUAAAUGUAUUAUUAUUAUUAUAAAAGUAAAAAACCCUAACCAAAGGGCUUUGUUUGUUAAUCAUCUCUGUGUAAUAUAGCAUACUCAAAAUAACUUCACUUUAGUGACUUAAGUAGGAAAUACCAACUGUGAGGAUCACAUACUUCAGUACAAAGCUUAUACACCAUAAUUAAUACUUAAUAAGACCAAAUGAAGCUCUCAUAUUCACAAGUCAUUUAUCAGCUUUUAAUGUGCCACACUUUUCUCAGAUGAACAAUCACUUGACUGAUUCUUUGUAAAUGUUAUUAAGGUCGUCAGAGUCCUUUUGUUACAGUUUUCUUACACAGAAGUAUGA